CUCCGCACAGCCCUGCCGGAGGAGCGACCGUCCUCUCUCCUGGUACAGGGUGGGCGGUGGAACUGGUCAAAGCUCUCGCUCCGGACCCCAACCAGAACUCAAUUAAUGGAUGCCUGGAAGUUGCUGUGCACAUAUAUUCAGAAAUGUUUUGCCACCUGAGACCUGUGAGGAGGUUAUGUCUAGAGAAGAUAUUUUCCCACUGGUUUCUCUAUUCAAGAGCUUUAUCAGGAGCCGAAGCAGUCAAUGCCUUGAGGCCUUUCUAUUUUGCGGUACAUCCAGAUUUCUUCGGACAGCACCCCAUAGAAAGGGAAGUAAAUGAAAAUUCUCUUAAGAGAUUAAGUGUCUACUUAGAAAACCUCCAGAAACCAGGCUUCAAGUCUUUGAAACCAACUCAGCUUACAUUUUAUGUAAGAGAAAGAGACCAGAAUUCUUCUGAUGGCCAGGAACCCUUUAGUACUUGCGGAUUUCGAGCAGUCAAAUUUACUUUGCACACCAGAGAUCUGCUAAGCACAGUAUUGUAUAUUCUCAACUCCUGCAGUUUAUCUAUUGAACAUAUCCAAAGCUUGAAUACUAAUGUGCAUUCCCAGCCUCUCAAAGAGACUAAAAGGAUGUCUGACAGGCCCAUCAAAUGGGACAAGUCUUAUUACUCCUUUACUGGAUUCAGGGACCCUGAUGAAGACCUUGAACAAGUCUCAAGAAUGGAAACAACUCUAACAUCCUGGCUAGAUAACAAUGGGAAAAGUGCUGUUAAAAAGCUGAAGAAUAGUUUGCCACUUAGAAAAGAACUAGAUCGUUUAAAAGAUGAACUAUCUCAUCAGUUGCAACUCUCAGAUAUCAGGUGGCAGAGGAGCUGGGGAAUCGCCCACCGCUGUAGCCAGCUGCAUAGUUUAGGCCGCUUAGCACAGCAGAAUUUGGAAACACUUAAAAAAGCAAAAGGAUGUACGAUCAUAUUUACAGAUCGUUCUGGCAUGAGCGCAGUAGGUCACGUGAUGCUAGGAACAAUGGAUGUACAUCAUCACUGGAUGAAGCUUUUUGAAAGAUUGCCAAGUUAUUUUGAUCUUCAGAGGAGGCUGUUGCUUUUAGAAGACCAAAUAAGCUAUCUUUUAGGUGGCAUACAAGUUGUUUAUAUCGAAGAAUUACAGCCAGUAUUGACACUUGAAGAAUAUUACUCUCUUCUUGAUGUGUUCUAUAAUAGGCUUUUAAAAAAUAGAAUACCUUUUCACCCUCGAAGUUUGCGUGGUUUACAAAUGAUCCUUAACAGUGACAGAUAUGCUCCAAGUUUGCACGAACUUGGGCAUUUUAACAUCCCAAUACUCUGUGAUCCAGCAAACCUCCAGUGGUUUAUUCUCACCAAAGCUCAGCAGGCAAGAGAGAACAUUAAGAAAAAGGAAGAGUUAAAGGUUAUUGAAAAUGAAUUGAUACAGGCUUCAACAAAGAAGUUUUCUCUGGAGAAGUUAUAUAAGGAGCCCAGCAUUUCUAGCAUACAAAUGGUAGAUUGUUGUAAGAGACUUCUAGAACAAUCACUGCCUUAUCUACACGGGAUGCACCUCUGCGUGUCACAUUUUUACUCUGUUAUGCAAGAUGGAGACCUUUGUAUUCCUUGGAAUUGGAAGAAUGGAGAAGCCAUUAAGUAACAGAAAUCAGUUUUAUUUUUUUAGAGAUAAGAAAUUGUUAAACAUAUUUAAAUCCA